AUGGGGCAUACAUGGAAGCUUUGGAUAAAGCAGGAGGGGGGAGGAGUGGUCCGUGAUUGGACCGGAAAGUUGCUUGCGGCUUUCUCGACCCCUCUCGAUGCCCACUCAGCUUUGGAGGCUGAACUCAUGGUGGCUCAUUGUGGACUCGAGCUUGCCAACGAGCUAGCGCAGCUCAUAUGGAUGGAGACGGACGCUGAGCAAGUCGCCAAACUCCUCAAUGGUAAAACGUGGGGGCCGGCACACGUCCGUCGGGUCAUGGCGCGGCUCUUCCUCUUCAAGCAACAGCACAUCAUCCGCGUCUCAUCCAUCCCCCGGGAGGGGAACCAAGCGGCGGAUAUGCUCGCUAAGAUGGGCUUGGACCAGCAAAGCUACCUUUGUUACUCUGCCCAAUCAGCUCCAAGACCCCUAAAGGACAUCAUUAGAAUGGAAGAAAUGGGAAUACCCAACAUUCGAGUUCGGUUUGAAGAACACGGGUAG